CGAGCUGCGGCGGGCGCACUCAGACUGCUGUGAAAUUUGUGUUGUGUUUACUGUUUAAGGUGUAUAAAUAGUUACGAAACCUUCGAAAGUAGUUCAUGUUAUUUACAAAUGUUCUGAAACAACAUGGCCGUAUUACCGUAAUGUAAUGUGAACGUAGAUUAUCGCCAUGAUAUGUGCUAUUGUAAUGCUUUUUGUAAAGUGCUGUUGGUCUCUUUCAAAUGGCGCAACAUUUAUGAGUGUUAUUAUAGAACAGGGAUUUAUUUUGCAUAUUUAUUUAGCUUUGAUCAUUCCAUUCAAAUUUGUACAUAAUCUCAAACGUGACAAAGUCUCCUUUCCAAACAAGCAGUAAACCCCCAGCUGAGAUCUGAGUGACAUUAUUGUACAGAUGGAGUUUAUUAAAGAGGCAAGAGAAGACAUGAGUCACGCAGAAACAUGCAGAAUGGAAAAUCAAGAUACUGAGGAACAAAGAGGCCUGAUAGAAGUGAAAAAGGAACAUAAAGAACUGAAAAUGGAGAAGAAGAAAGAUCUAAACAAGGAAUCUCAUCGACUCAUGAAUGAAGAACAGUCUUGUAGUUGGUCAGAGAAUGAUAAUAAUCUUUCACAAGAAACAGCGCAGAAAACAGACGCCAAAAACUCUUUUACUUGCUCUCAGUGUGGAAAGAGUUUCACACGCAAAGGACAUCUGAAGAUUCACAUGAUAAUCCACACAGGUGAGAGACCGUACACCUGCCCUCAGUGUGCCAAGAGUUUCACAUGCAAAGGAAGCCUUAAGGAUCACUUCAAAAUUCACUCUGGAGAGAAGCCUUUCACGUGCCCUCAGUGUGGAUGGAGUUUUGCACGUCAAGAAGACCUUAAGAGGCACAUACGGAUUCACACUGGAGAGAAGCCGUUCACAUGCUCUCAGUGCGAAAAGUGUUUUACAAGUUCAGGAGACCUUAAGAGGCACUUGCGAAUUCACUCCGGUGAAAAGCCUUUCUCCUGCCCUCAGUGCGGAAAGAGUUUCACGCAAAAGGAAGGUCUGAAGGAACACACCAAAAUUCAUUCUGGAGAGAAGCUUUUCGCAUGCAUGUUGUGUGGGAAGAGUUUCACACAUCAACGAAGCUUGAAAAGGCACAUGAAGGUUCAUUCUGGAGAGAAAUUACACCAGUGCUCUGAGUGUGGCAGGAGAUUUGCAGAAGCCGGUAAUCUCAAAACUCACUUGCUGUCUCACACUGGAGAAAGACCAUUUAGCUGUGAGCGCUGUGAUAAGAAGUUUUUCUUGGCCGUUCACUUAAAGACACACAUGAGGAUUCACGAAGAAGAAAAGCGUUACGUGUGUUCUUUUUGUGGGAAGAGUUUUCUGUGGCUCAACGGGUUUAAAGACCAUCAGAAAACACAUAUUGGUGAGAAACCCUACGAGUGCUUGGACUGUGGAAGCACUUUUAUUAGAGCCGGUGAACUGAAAGUGCAUGAACGGAUCCAUACUGGAGAAAAACCGUACAAGUGUUCACACUGUGAAAAGAGUUUCACUCAGUCAGGAGCCCUGAAAAUUCACGAGCGAGUGCACACUGGAGAGAAGCCGUACCUCUGCCCUUCAUGUGGGAAGACUUUCAGCCGAUAUGGAAAUCUAGGGAAGCAUUUAAAAAAUGCUUGCCCAAAGUUGAGAAACUGAGCAAAAGUUCACCUUGAAGUAGAGCUGCACUGUCCUUGAUAAAUUGAGAAUCACGAUUCUAAAUAUGACAACACAAUAACAUAAUAACAUGUAAUUUACUAGAGGUUCUGACAAAAUGUUAAUUGCUGCAGUCUUUUUUAAAAGGUUUAAUUAAUUUGAAUUCAUUAUUUUUAAAAAUGGUUUCAGUGAAUUGAUUCAAUGACACAAAUUGUUAUUUGAAGUGCCUAGUUACUUCCCAAAGUUGAUUUGCUCUAUUUUGAUCAGAAGUGUUUAUAUCCAAACUAUAAACUUUUUAUCCCAGUAUUUCUGUGAUAAUAUUGUGUGGUUGAAAAGACUUUGUGAAGCUGUUUCACACAUGACAACUGCUCUCUCUGGAUCAGCGGCAGCGCCAACACAAAUCUGAAUGUGUCGCGAAUCAUUGACACAGGCGAAUCAUUGUCGUUUAGGAAUGAGAUCGCGUGGGUGUUUGGAGAUCUUUAAACGAUUAAUCAUGCAGCUCUAACUUCAAGUCAAAUACUUGACAGAAUAUCCUCCAAAAAGCAAUUUUGGACAUUUAGACCGGAAUGUUAAGUGAGAUGUAUUUCUGUGAAAUGCUACGAAAUUAUUAGGGAUGCUGUAUUUCUGUGAAAUGCUACGAAAUUACUAGGGAUGCUCUAAGAGAAUAGUAAUAUUGUGAAUGACUAUUUUUUUUGCACAUCAUUAGUCAAACAAUGUCGAUAUAAGCCUUUUAUUCAUUCUUAUAUCCUCUAUCACAUUUUAAAAUGUCAUUUUGGUCAUAGUAAGAACUGAAAAGAGUGCUAUUGUAAUCGGUGUCCUUUUGUAAGAUGGAAGAAAAGUGAUGUGAAAGUGUGUAUGUGUACAUUCAGACAUUUGAAUAACUCACAGCCAGUCAAAUGCAUAUUUUCUCUCCCUUUUAUGUGGGAAUAUUGUUUGUGGCCAAUCAGAAAACACCUAUGUGUGCUUGGAUUGUGGAAGUACACUAGAGUACUUUUAGCAAUACACUGAUUUACUCUUCCUUUUAUAUUUAUUUAGCAGACCAAAGGGAUUUACAAAUGAGGAAUACAUACAAUGAUUCAUCUUAUGGGGGCAACAACACAAGAAGCGCUUACAAUAGAAAGUUCCAAUCAAUCAUUGUCUAGAAUACAGGCUAUAACUGUGAGGCACUUUAGAAAUAGUAAAAAAAAAUAGACAAGAUUUAUUUCAUGUAAACAGACGUUUUCAGCACACUCGUGCUUUUCAUGAGAAUCCACUGGGUGUGAAGUGAAUAUGCAUGACUGUAAAGCAUUGUUAUGAAUAUGAUACAGAGCAGUCAUUACUUCUUAUCAGAAAUUGUCUACAGCUUGACUUCAUCUCACAUAUUUAUUUUUUCACUGCAAAAUUUUCUAUAGAAUUUAUUAUAUAUAAUUAUUACAUAAUUUUGUCCUUGGAAAUAAUCUCAUUAGAUGUGUGAUGUUUAUCGGUAUGUCUGUACAUAUACGUAUAACUGUACAUAUCAUCAGAAGUGUGAAUGUAUGGGUUCCAUCUUACUAUUAAUAACAGUAAAGUAACAUUUUGUAUCAAUUUGGAUAGUGAUGCAAUAAUUUGUCUAGUUGUCCAAUGAUUAUACAAUGAAAUGCAACUUGUUACUUUUAUCCACUAUAUAAUUGUCUUGCAUCUCAAAUUUGGAAGCAAAAUGGCCAUCAAUACAUUAUGCAGAAUUACCUGUAGGAAGAGAUUAUGCGUUUUAAAAGAAUUAUAUGUAAUCUCACUCUCUGUGCAGUUAAAGGACGAUUGAUUAUUUUUUGGUUUCAAAGUCUGCGCUGCCCUCCCUCACUGAUAAAUCUCCUUCACUGACACUGAAGUUAAAGCACAAGCCUACUUUAAUCUAUUCUACAGGUGAAGGCCAAGUUUGGACACAAGUUUGGAGGCUGGACGGAGAUUUGAUGCGCUACUAUCACUUUCAUUUUUUGUACGAAAACAAAUGCAUAAUAAAUACUUUCACCUUGAA